UAAUUUCAAACUAUUUUUAAAGAAACUGCACUUAUUUUUCUAUCACAGUAUCCUCUUGAUUUGAAUUUGAAACUUUCAUUUUGAAGCUAUUUAAUUGAGAAACAUUAAAUUGCACAACUCUUUAUACAUAUGUACAUUAUUUGGGCCUAAUUUGUCACAAAGACGUGAUUGACUUUAUUUUUUCAUAAUUUAAGUGUUUUCUUGACGUGUUUUGAGACCAAGCGUUGAUGAGCGCCAGGAUGUUGAUUUAAUUCUGAUUCCCAGACGUUCACUCGGUGCAAAUCUUCAGAACGUAACCUGCAUCAGAGCGAGAAACAGAGACUCAUCCGCAUCCCUUUCAAUCCGUAACUGACUUUUAACAAAGUCUGUCUCUAUGCAGUGUUAAUACACUAUCACGAGCUGCUUGUCUCACCUUCUUCUCCUAAAUUUGUGAAAAGUGGUUCUAUAGCAAAGCAAAAUUCUUAAUACGUGUUUUUUUUUUUUUUUCCACCCAAAGUGUUGCUGUUUUGGUAGAGCCGUACACACAAUACAAGCCUCUCUCUCCUUGGAUUUAGUUUUUUUUUUUCCUUUCACUUAUUUCCCCCCGUUCUGAGCAGUGAAGCACAGCCUUCCUCCCGUCUCAGCAGUAAUCCCACCCCCCCCCCACUGCGUAGGGCUUUUUAGUCCAGAAGCUCAUCGCUGUCGGCCUGGCCUCCCCCGCACCUCAGUGAAACAUGCCUGCGCUUUGGUCCUCCCUCCAUCCAGUGAGAAGACGAAGACUCCACUCUUUCUGACCCCUCCUCGCAUCUUUACCCCCCCCCCCCCCCCCCCCCCCCUCCUCUUUAUCUCUGAUCCCUUGCUUCAUCCACCCCUGAAAUCUCUCAGGUCAUUCUCCGUCUCCUCCCCGCUGCCGUACCUCCUCGCUCCCUCCUCCUCUCCCUCCCUCCCUCCGUCUGGGCCGCGGCAGUGAUGCCGGGCGGCAGUAAGAGCGGGGGCGUCGGCGGCCCCUCUUCCUCGCCGCCCUCCUCGCCCUCUCGCCCGCUGCGCCCCAGCCGCUACAUCCCCGUCUCUGCGGCAACGGCCUUCCUGGUGGGGGCCACCACCCUCUUCUUCUGCUUUACUUGCCCAUGGCUGUCGGAGCAGUUCUCCAUAGCCAUCCCUAUCUACAACGGAGUGGUCUUCCUCUUCGUUCUCGCCAACUUCUGCAUGGCCACCUUCAUGGACCCUGGCAUCUUCCCCAGAGCGGAGGAGGAUGAGGAUAAGGAGGAUGAUUUCCGCGCUCCGCUCUAUAAGACGGUGGAGAUCCGCGGCAUCCAGGUGCGGAUGAAGUGGUGCUCCACCUGCCGCUUCUACAGACCCCCACGCUGCUCACACUGCUCCGUCUGCGACAACUGCGUGGAGGAUUUUGACCAUCACUGCCCGUGGGUGAAUAACUGCAUAGGGAGGCGGAACUACCGCUACUUCUUCCUGUUCCUGCUGUCGCUGACGGCCCACAUCAUGGCCGUGUUCGGCUUCGGCCUGCUCUUCAUCCUGUACCACACGCAGCAGCUGGACCGAGUGCACUCCGCCGUCACCAUGGCUGUGAUGUGUGUGGCCGGGCUCUUCUUUAUCCCAGUCGCCGGCCUCACCGGUUUCCACAUCGUACUGGUGGCCCGCGGCAGGACCACUAACGAACAGGUGACGGGGAAGUUCAGGGGGGGAGUGAACCCCUUCACUAACGGCUGUUGGAGGAAUGUGUCUCACGUUCUCUGCAGCUCCCAGGCCCCCAGGUACGUGGGCCGGUGGAAGAAGCCGCAGACGGUGGUGGUCCAGCCUCCCUUCCUCAGACCCCAGCUCUCGGACACGCAGCUCGGGGCCAAAGUGCUGGACAACGGGAUCCAGGCGGACCGGCACAGCUCUCGGUCCAAGAGCAGUCUGGACAUGAUGGAGAGCCAAUCAGCAGAUGCAGAGCCUCCUCCCCCGCCCAAGCCUGAGCUCAGAUACCCCGGCCUGCCCCGGGGGCAGCUGUCCAUGGGGUACACAGAGGAGAGCAGUCUGCUGAAUGAGGCCCCACCCACACCCACCAUGUACAAGUACAGACCCGCCUACAGCAGCCCAGGGAAGAACCACACAGCCCUGACCCACUCCAACAAGAUGAGCCGGGGGGACAGUCUGAAGGAGCCCCCACCCAUCCUGCAGUCCAGCCAGCAGCCCAGCUACCGGUCGGAGCCCAGCCUGGACGGGCGGGGCGGCCGUGGGGACAGGGGGGAGAGGGAGAAGGGCGGCGGCGGAGCCGGGGGGGCGGGCGGCGUGCCCAGCUCGGGGGCGUCGGCGUACUCCCUGGGGGGUCGCUCCUAUCCCUCCUUCACCGACCCGUUGGUGCUGUCGGGGGGGGCCUCGCGCUCCUCCAGCCUGCGCUCCACGCACACAGCCCACAAUGCCCUGGGCACGCUGCACUCGGAGGGCACCACCUCCACCAGCUACAAGAGCCUGGCCAACCAGACGCCCCGCAACGGCAGCCUGUCAUACGACAGCCUCCUGACCCCCUCCGAGAGCCCAGAGUUUGAGUCGGCGGCCCCCGAGCUGUCCCCCCCGCACCCCCACCCCCCGAGUGCCCCCCCGCAGGUGCUGGGCUACAGCUCGCCCUUCUUGUCGGCCCAGAUCACCCACCAGCGCGAUUCUGAGCUGCACCAGGCCUCCGCCGCCCUCCUCUCCUCCCCCCACAAGUCUUACCUACGUGCCUCCAGCCCGCCCCCCCCGGAGAAAGAGCACCUGCUGCAAGACUCCUACCAGCCCCACCAGCACCACCCCCGGCCGGCCCGCUUCUCCCGCCCCCCACUCCUGUCCGACUCCCAGCCCUACACACCCCGCACCCACUCCCUGGGCUCCCCUGAUGCCCCACAGACCCCCACCUCCCCCACUGCCCACCCGUCCACCUCCUCUCACCCCCCGCUGGGGAAGUCCCUGUCCUACACCGGUGCUGCGGUGGAGCUGCAGUACCGCAGCCGGCCACCGGAGGGCGGCGCCACCGCUGCGUACCCCGACGGGCUGCCCCCCAAGGGCAAGAAGGCCUCGGGCAGUGGUGGCAGUAGUGGGAUCCAGGCUCCAAAGGACGAGAUUCAGAUGAAGUCCUUCAGCCGGUCAAAUGGGCAGCCCAGGUCUGCUCCACCCACCCUCCCUCCUUCCUCCUCCCCUUCUUCUCCUUCCCAUCCAAUAAGCCCCACCACUCGCCUGGGCCUGGCCAAUCACAGCUCUCCUUCCCCGCUUAGUCCCACCCACAAGCCAGGGGGUGGAGUGAAGAAGGUGACUGGCGUCGGAGGGACCACCUACGAAAUCUCGGUCUGAGUGACGGGCAACCAUUUACACCAAUGAGGAGUAAGGAUUUCCACCAUGCUCCAACCAAGGGAACCUUCUCAUUGGAGGAGAGGGAUGUCAUGGCAUGAUCUUCAGUGAACAAAGACGGAAGGAGAUAAUAACGAAAGAUUUACAGACCUCUUAAAAAAUGCUACUUGACACUCAAUCUCUCCUUUGCCAGCAAGAAAGAACGAGACAGUGGAGGGGAGAGGGCUGGCUGACUGUGACAUUCAUAAAAGAUAAACACGCACCUCACGCCUGUGGAAUUUCAUUCAUUUAAAGUUUAUGGAGAAAAAAAACCCUUAACUGUCGCUGUGGGCCCAGGAAUCCAAGUCUGGCUAGAGAGGCAGGACUCGUUGACCAGCGGAAGAAAAACUGCUCAGCUAGCCAGUAACAGAAACACAAACUUUGUGGGCCUGACAGAUGGGUGUCUAGUAGGGGCGGGGGGCAUUUUAAAUGGUAAGUAUAUAAAUUGUUCAUACUAUACAAUGUAUUCUUUACAGGAGAAAAGAAUUUUACAUGGCUAUUCACGAACUGUAGCGGCUGUGGGAGGAACUUUGUCUGAAUCAAGAUUUGUAGCCAAUGGGAGCCGUCUCACUGGCCAAAUGGACCUCUGUUAUUGCCUCAAGACCACUGCUGCCAUCAAAACCGAUGACCAACUUUCAUCAGAGACACGGAAAUGUACUGAACUUCUGGGUAGAGAGAUGCUGGAUUGGGUUCAUAGUAACGGCAAAAGCAGCCUGUUUAGAUAAGCUUGGAUUUUAGAGAGAUGGCCUUUGGAUUCCAGGGAAAAUAUUUUUCUUUUACUUUUUUUAAUUCUUUUAUUUUUUUAAAUGUUAUUUUAUAUGAAUAUGAAUAUAUAUAUAGAAAUGUUGAUAAAAAAAUCUCCAGGAUUAUAUAGCUGGCCAAUGACAUUUGAGAGGCAUAGAGUCUGGAGCUAUUAAGAGACCUGUGCCCAAUUUGAUUGAUGGCUGCAUCAGCCAGUCAGAGGCUUUGCUCGAAUUCUCGGCCAAAGAGAAGGUUGUUUCGUCAGAUCUUCUCUCUUAGCUCAGACGGCCAAUGGGAAUAAUGUAAGCCACACACACAGGAAAAAAAAAAUAAAUUCAGCAUUACAAAAUAUUUUUUGUGGAAGAUUCACAUUCUGAUAUAUUAAUUAUUGAGAAUAUGAUAUGCAAGUUGUCUGUUGUAGCUUUAAAUUACUGUUCUUUCAACGUUUGCAAUGUUUCAAUCAAGAGCCAGAAGCCCUGUUUCUGUCUUUGGUUCUUAAGGAUCGCUGGCCAACUAGGAAAAAAGCCAGCACAAGAGGUUGUGACUAGUGAGCCAGAGAGAGCCAUAUCAUCCCAGUCUGAUUGGAUAAUGCCUACAGCCAAUCAGGACUUGGGAAGUCAAGAUUAGAGACUUGACUGAGACCAUGGGACCCCCCCCGACAUCAUUCUUAGUAUCAGGUAAUAACAAUUUGUUUUUCCAUAAAGCCAGCAAGAGCCAGAUAUGAAAAGUUUAGGGGCUUGCAUUUAUUUGAAGGGACAGUUUGACCAAUCAGGAACAGAAUUCUGGCAGCUGGGGGAGAAAUAUAGAGCAGUACAGUGCUCAGGAUGUGAUUGGCCCUCAACACAAACGGUCAGGAAAGGAGGCGGAGCCUGUGCAAUGUGCAUUUUGAAGAUAUAACCAGUAAACACACACUUUGUCUUUGCAGUGUCGGUUAAUUUCUCUGGUUUUCCAUCGUUGGCUGGGGUGGGAGUUUACUGUUGGCAUUGUUGUUUCCCUCAGAAUGAAUGUCUACUUAAUUGUUGGUUUUACUGCACAAGAGCAAGUGAGAUUCUUCCCCCGAAUCAGUGUCAUAUCAGAUGUUUAGAGUAAAAGAUAAUAUUCGCAUGCAGCAGUGGCACAAGUUUACUAUUUGCACAAAACCCCCGAGCAAACAUUCUUGCUGCUGCCUCCAAAAGUCUCAAAACAAGCCAUCUGUGGAGCUGAAUGUGAAAUGGGCUCAAAGAACGAAGCCAAAUGAAAAGUGGGAGCCCUGACAAGGGGCAUGAAUGUGCGCGCUGGCCGACAGCGUGUUAACGUGCUGUGGGCGAGUCUGUCCAAAAUCCCCCCCCCUCUGAAAAAUGUGGUCUCAAACAAGCUGACAAACUGGUAUGAAAGGGUUUUCCAAAGUGUUUCGAAUAAUUAAAACCCACAACCAUGGCCUUAUGAAGAGAUUGUUGGAUGAAAAUGGUUCUCUCAAAAGUGUCUACCUUACAAAUGUGUAUGUGGUUGAAAUAAAAGA